CAAAGCAAACUGCACACCAACUCACACAUACCAAGUUCAUCAUGUCGCAACAAAAGUUGAAGCCUACCUUUGACGAUGUCAUGGGUUGCCAGACCGCAGUCUACGAGUGGGCAGAUAGCUACGACAGCAAGGACUGGGACCGCCUGCGCAAGUGCAUCGCCCCAACAUUGAGGAUCGACUACCGUUCUUUCUUGGACAAGAUCUGGGAGACCAUGCCCGCAGAGGAGUUCGUCACAAUGGCCUCCGACCCCGCCGUUCUCGGCAACCCUCUCCUCAAGACACAACACUUCAUCGGUGGCACACGGUGGGAGAAGACUGCGGAGGACGAGAUCACCGGAUACCACCAGCUGCGCGUUCCUCACCAGAGGUACACGGAUGAGACCCGCUCGACUGUUGCAGUAAAGGGCCACGCACACAGCGCAAACACACACUGGUACAAGAAGGUCGACGGCGAAUGGAAGUUCGCUGGUCUCAACCCAGAUAUCAGGUGGUUCGAGUACGACUUCGACAAGGUCUUUGCGGAGGGAAGGGAUUCGUUCGGUGAGCAAGAGGAGAAGAACCUGGCGCAGGCGGCCAACGGCAUCCCAGCAGAGCAGAUCUCAGGGAGCAAUCUCAACUAGGGUAGAGUCUGAGGGGUAAAUCUUCGAGUUCCAGUCGUCCGGUUAGCGUUAUGUGAGGGGGGUAUUCGAUAUGAGGAUACCACGAAAUAACAUGUUUUCUCCACUGCA